ACAUCCACUCCAUCUGAUUGGAGAUCGGAGAGAAGUGAGGCGUAAGAGAGAGAGCGAUAGAGGUGAGAAAAUGGUGUCGGGAUCGGGAAUUUGCGCACGGGAGGUGGUGGUGGACGCUCGCCACCACAUGCUUGGUCGAUUAUCAUCCAUUUUGGCCAAGGAACUACUCAAUGGCCAGAGAGUCACCGUCGUUCGUUGCGAAGAGAUCUGCCUAUCAGGCGGCCUGGUUCGUCAGAAAAUGAAGUACCUUCGGUUUCUUCGUAAGCGUAUGAACACCAAGCCGUCUCACGGUCCUAUUCAUUUUCGUGCCCCUUCCAAGAUCUUGUGGCGUACCAUCCGAGGGAUGAUCCCACACAAGACUAAGCGUGGUGCUGCUGCACUUGCAAGGUUGAAGGUUUACGAAGGGGUUCCCACUCCUUACAACAGGAAGAAGAGGAUGGUUAUCCCUGAUGCUCUCAAGGUUUUGAGGCUUACAGCUGGACACAAGUAUUGCUUGCUCGGCCAAUUAUCAUCUGAGGUUGGCUGGAAUCACUAUGAAACCAUCAAGGAUCUUGAGAAGAAGAGGAAAGAAAAGAGUCAAGUGGUGUAUGAAAGGAAGAAGCAACUUAACAAACUGCGGGCGAAAGCAGAGAAGGUUGCAGAGGAAAAACUUGGGGCACAACUCGACAUCCUUGCUCCUGUUACCUACUAAACUUCAGGCUUUUAAGAUAGUUUUUCUUGGUAGGAUUUUUGUUUUGAAAUAUCUAAGAGUUUUUAUUGUCUUAAAUUUAUAUGUUAACAAUCAGAAAUCUGUGCUUUGCUUCUAUUUAUUUCUGUCAUGUCAUUUACAUGGUA